AUGGCGUUUGAACAACCAAAUCAGUCGCCUCAUAGACCACAGGCACAAAACGAUCAAAACUCACCAGAUGUAUCUUUACCACCCAUCACAUCGGAAGAAUGGGAGUAUAACAGAUAUAAUGCUGCACCCAUGAACAGCAGACCUUAUCCUCCUGCUGCUUAUACAAAUCACCCAUCCCAUCCACCUCCUCCAUCUCAACAACAACAGCAACCUCAUCCACCACAAGAUUAUGCAGCUCGCGAUAGCUAUGUUUCGGCAUACCCUCCAAGCUCGUGGGAGCAGAACAAUCGUCAGUAUCCUCAUCCACCACCACCAAGAGGAUAUCCACAGCCAUAUUCUCCCCCAGCACUUGCACAGACCAAUGCUCCCUAUGAUCCCAUUCGUAGCAGCUAUCAGCCACCUGUUAUGUCAGAGACACUUUCACCAAUGCAGGAUCGCAAUCAGCCAGUGAUUUCGCCAGUGAUGUCUAUAUCUCAAUUGCUCUCUUCAGACAACAAUGACCGAAGAGCAAUGUAUUCACCUACUGAAAUGCCUAUGCCCAGCAGUAAUUAUCCUCCUGUUGCAAAUAUCGCUCCUGCUCACAUUGCACCAGCUAGUCAUCGACCUCAUGUCGCUCCUCCCUCUGUACCUCAACCACCACCACCACUACCAACUCAUCCAUCCAGCAACCUCCCUCCUGCAAAUCUUCAUGGUAGUAAGCUUUCUCCCGUCAACAUGGUACAGUCGAAUACUACACCUGCUGCCAAUGUCGCACCUGCACAGCCAGCACAAUACAGCUCUUUUGAUUCCAUUGAGCGCCGAAACAAUGGCAUUCAAAAUCUGCUCAACAAUGAUAACGAGGAUAGGUAUCAAAUGGCUGAUUCAGAUACAGAUACAGAAGACAUACCUUUGAUCAAAUCACCUAAAAUGACAGGCGCAAAGAAGGAUUCCAGCAAAGAAAACAAUGGAAAAUCAACUGCUUCAAAGAAAAAAAUAGUCAUUGUGCAGAGCGACGACAGCGAUUCUUCAGCAGAUGAUUUAAGCGACAUUGAGAAGGUAUCCAAGCCGAAUAAAUCCGCAGUAAAGCGUGCUCACGAAGAGCUGUUGUCUUCUGGAGAAGACGAUGAUGAUGAGAUACUGCACACACACAGGGAGGAGAUGAUUAAGUUCAUGGUUGAAGUCCACCGACGAAAGAGACGUAUAAUCGAAGAAUAUGAAAAAAAGGAAGCUAGACGUCAUGCUAGAAUGAAAGAGCGUGUUGAGCAGAUCUAUUACAAGCGAUUUGGCACAUCCAUGCCAACCAGCGACGCAUUCAACCCCAAAUCAAAGCGCUUUGGCAGAAAAUACAAACUUCACCAACAACAACGAAGCGACGGCGAUACCACUGAUACAGAAAUUCAUGUCGAUUUGGAUGACAAUGGCCGCAGCAAGCCAAUGACAGAGCGCAAGGUGGAAGAUGAACGAAAGAAGAUUUGGCUAACCAUUGCUCGAAAGGACAUUCCACGAAUGACUCGUAUUCUGUCUCGUGUGCAAGCAACUCGAUCUGGCAACUGCAAAAAGGUGGCUCAGUACUGUCAAAAGGAAGUGCGUCGUGUUGCUACUAACGGUGGUCGUGCUAAUCGUGACAUGCAGAACAAGGCCAAGCGUGCUAGUAAAGAGAUGCUGCUCUUCUGGAAGAAGAAUGAAAAGGAAGAGAGAGAAUUGCGCAAAAAGGCAGAAAAGGAAGCACUGGAUCGACUGAAGCAAGAAGAAGAGCGUAGAGAAGCACAGCGUCAAGCUCGUAAACUGAACUUUUUGAUCACUCAAACGGAGCUGUACAGUCAUUUCAUUGGUCGAAAGAUCAAACAAGACACUGAAGAAGACGAGGAAACAGCUCAACCUGCUCCCUCUGGAUUAUCAACACCUCUUGCUCCUGUCUCUGCAGCAGAUGAAUUGGACGCCAGUGCAGGCAUUACCAACAUUGGUGAAGUUGACUUUGACGAAGAGGAUGAAGCAAUUUUGAAGGAGAAGGCUAGAUUGAGUGCUCAGAAUGCGCUGGCCAAGCAGAGAGAGCAAACAAGAGAGUUCGAUCAAGGUGCUCGCGAAAGACGUAUUGCAGCAGGCGAUGAUGUGGGUGCUAUGAAUCAAAUGGCCUUUGAUGACAUGAAUUUCCAAGAGCCUUCUAGCAUGGGAUCAGGUCCUGAAGUAUCGCAGCCUAGUAUGCUCAUGUGCCAACUCAAGAGCUAUCAACUGAAGGGUCUCAACUGGCUAGCUAACCUCUACGAACAAGGUAUCAACGGUAUUCUUGCCGAUGAAAUGGGUUUGGGAAAGACUGUUCAAUCCAUCUCUUUGCUGGCUUACUUGGCUGAGGUGCAUAAUAUCUGGGGCCCCUUUUUGGUCAUUGCACCUGCCUCGACGCUCCACAAUUGGCAGCAAGAGUUCGCCAAGUUUGUCCCUCAAUUCAGAGCCCUUCCUUACUGGGGAAAUCCCAAGGACCGUAAGGUAUUGCGUCAAUUUUGGAACAAGAAGCAGCUGUACGGCAAGGACGCUCCAUUCCACAUUGUGAUUACCAGUUAUCAGCUUGUCCUUACUGACGUGACCUACUUCCAACGUGUCAAAUGGCAAUACAUGAUUUUGGAUGAAGCACAAGCCAUCAAGAGCUCGUCGAGUGCUCGUUGGAAGCAGCUGCUUGGAUUCCACUGUCGUAAUCGAUUGCUCUUGACCGGUACACCCAUUCAAAAUAGUAUGCAAGAACUAUGGGCUUUGCUUCAUUUCAUUAUGCCCACCUUGUUUGAUUCGCACGAAGAGUUCAGUGAGUGGUUCUCCAAGGACAUUGAAAGUCAUGCUGAAAACCGUGGAUCGUUGAAUCAACAUCAACUGAGACGUUUGCACAUGAUUUUGAAGCCGUUCAUGUUGCGCCGUAUUAAGCGUAAUGUACAGCACGAAUUGGGAGAAAAGAUUGAAGUCGAAGUGUUCUGUGAUCUGACGGCUAGACAAAGAGCACUGUACCGAGGACUCAAGGAGAAGAUAUCGAUUUCGGAACUGCUGGAGAAGGCAACCUCACUAGGCGAUAUAGAGAAUAUGGACAGUCUGAUGAAUCUCGUCAUGCAAUUCAGAAAGGUCUGCAAUCACCCAGAGUUAUUUGAACGUGCUGAUGUCGAGUCGCCCAUGUCGUUCUGUGAUUUCAGUGAAACUGGCUCUCUUUCCAAAGAAACACAUUUGUAUUGUCCUUACUCUGCAACUAGUCAUAUCAAGUUCCGUAUCCCCAAAAAGCUCUAUAGGAAUGGCGGUAUCCUCAAAGUGGUGGGCCCUGAAUCCAACGCUGGCUACAGAAGAAAACUGCUUGACAACACGCUAAACAUCUGGAGCGCCAACAAUAUCUAUGAUUCAGAGUUCUCCGAUGAGACCAACGCUGCAUUCUCAUUUUUGAGGUUUACAGAUUUGGUGCCACAGGAAGCCAGCUAUCUGUUCAGAGCAACUCUGUUGGAAAAGUGGAUGGAUCAUUUGGCUAGACGUGAUCAGCGGGCAAGAAGAAGCUUAUACAGUGAUGAUCCACAAUCACCAGCCAAUACAUCUGCUCUAUUCCUCAUCCGCGAAACAAGCAAGCCAACAUCCUCCCUGCUGGCUACGCCUGGCUCACCUUUGUACGAGCUAUUGCAUGUUUUUGAUAAAUUCCUUCAAGACACUCGUGUAUUCGGUCAAUGCUAUUUGCCUGCAGUGAACACAGUGCCUGUUGAUAUCAUUUGCGAUGAUGUUUCUUUUAUACGUGAAAAGCGUGAAUACAUGUUUGACAUAAACGCAAGAUCUUGUCUCUUUGGAACACCGGAAUAUGUGACAAAGCUGCAUCCUGAAGAGCAAUCCAACUUGUCUGCUGUUGUCCGAAAGACAGGUGCUGGUGUCAUGCCUGUGCCGUCGUCAGGCUACGGUUACUCGUGGAUGAAGGUGCCGUCAAUGAAAGAUCUCAUUUUGGACUCUGGUAAAUUGGCCACCUUGGACAAGUUGCUGGAAAAACUCAAGACGGAGGGCCAUCGUUGCUUGGUCUAUUUCCAAAUGACGCGUAUGAUUGAUUUGUUUGAAGAGUACAUUGCUUAUAAGCAGUACCGCUAUCUUCGUCUGGAUGGCUCUUCCAAGAUCUCUGAUCGUCGCGAUAUGGUGCAAGAUUGGCAAACAAGACCCGAGAUUUUCAUCUUUUUACUGAGUACACGUGCUGGUGGUUUGGGUAUCAAUUUGACAGCAGCAGAUACUGUCAUUUUCUACGAUAGUGAUUGGAAUCCUACAGUAGAUCAGCAGGCCAUGGAUCGUGCACAUCGUCUUGGUCAAACCAAACAAGUCACUGUCUAUCGCUUGAUUACAAAGGGUACCAUUGAAGAAAGAAUCUUACAGAGAGCCAAGCAAAAGGAUGAAAUUCAAAAGGUCGUUAUCUCUGGUGGAGAGUUCAGACAAGUCGACUUUAAGCCAAGAGAAAUCGUGUCGCUCUUGUUGGACGAUGAAGAAUUGGAUGAUAAAUUGCAACUACAAUUACAGCGUAAAGCCGAAGAAGAAGAACAAAAGAAGGCAGCAAAACCACAAAAGAAAUCAAGAAAGCAGGCGUUGGCAUCAGAAGGUUCAAAGGAGUCAACACCUGCACUGAGUCCUUCCAAUGUGGAUAGGUUGUUCAGCGCUGGCGAAGACAUCAUCAAUACGGAUGAAGACAGUAACUCAUCAACGCCUGCCAAGAAAACAAAGGCAGCUAGAAUUGGUCGACCUAGAACUAACUUUUCAUUCACUGGUUAA